ACUUAUCAUGACGAAGUUCUUCUUGUCGGUCUCCCUUGCUGCUUGCAUCUCACUGAGUGUGGCCAGCAACUGUCAAGGCGACCAAAAAUAUGAUCAGGGAGCGCAACAAGCUGUUGUCCAAUGGGAGGCAAGUUACAAGUACGCAGGUUGUGAAGGAAUCGAGAACAAUUACGAGAUUGUUGGCAAUGCCGCCCCAAAAUCUCCACCAUGCCUCAGAGAAGGCUUCUUGGAUGAGCUAGAUAUGCUCUACGACAGUGCUGCCGAAGUUUGUGGUGGAGGAAGCGUCGAUUGUAGCCUUGGACGCACGGAGGCCAACCAUAACUGGGAUAAUAAUCUGGACACGUAUGAAGAUGAAUGUUCAACGCUAGAUAAGGUUUUUGAGGAGAGCAACAAAGACAGCCCCGGCAAAAAUGAUUGUUUUAAGGACGAAUAUGACGAAAGAACACAACAACUAUACGAAAUCGGACUGAAAAAUUGCGUGAAUGAAUGUCGGGGAUGGGGAUAUCAACAGGGUGAUAGCCUCGCGAGUACAUUCUGCGCGGUUGCUGCAUUGUACUCUGAUGAUCAAAGUCUAGUAGAGCAGAUCUGCAAAGGAGAGGAAAUUGAGAAAUGCAAGGAACGAUUCCGCGAGGCGGUGGAAGAAGACUGUCCAGAGAAGCUUGUUGAGCAGAACUACGAAUUCUAUGACGACUUAGAGGAAAGUUGCGAGAUCGCCAUUGGCCCUGAUCAGCCUAUGCCGACCACCAAGCCUUAUCCCGGGGACCCAGACUAUCAGAUGACAUGUAAAGAGUGGUAUGACGAAAGCAAAAACAACAACUGUAAGGAUUCAAAUGGCAAGACGCUAGAGAAAAAGACGGGCUGUUGCAAAUACAACUACCGUUGUGGCGGUUGGCCGAAAUGUACUGAGAUCAACUGCUGCACACGAAGAGACUAGAGGAGCCUUGCAACAUAUAGGACCAUUACGCAGUUACACUUCGCAAACGAUACAACUCCACUCUUCGAAAUUCGAAGAAGGAUGAUAUAUACACUGGGACAGUACGGUCACCCUUUACCGGUCCAAUCCACUAAAGGCGAGGUCCUCAGUAGAUGCGUUUCUGAUGCAGCGUGCAUACCGCACGAUUAUCAAUUGAUGAACAGAAGACACGUGUCACAACUUUAAGCGGCAGCCACAUCUCUCAAGCAGAUCUGUAUCUGAGACCAAAAACAAGCCAUUGCGUGCUCAACCUAUAUGAGACCAUACAUUAUUCCAAGUAGAAAGCGCCGUCUAUAAAAGAGUUGGUUUGAUUACUGAAUUUCUGCGCUCCAUGGGAUAAAUAUAUAACAUACGACUGUUGCGUGUACAUGUAUGAAUGUAUGUAUAUCUUUAUAGAUAUGC